AUGCGGGUGGUCAAGAAGGAGAGGUUCUUCACCUCCUCCAUCAUCUUCCUCACCUUCUCCAUCCCCGUGGCCUUCAUCCCCAUCCCGUUCCCAUCAUCUCCAUCAUCUUCCUCACCUUCUCCAUCCCCGUGGCCUUCAUCCCCAUCCCGUUCCCAUCAUCCUCCUCACCUUCUCCUCCCCCCACCCCCUCCUCCCGUGGCCUUCCUCACCCUCCUCCUCCUCCUCCUCCUCCUCGUCCCCCGGCAGGAGAACCCGAGCGAGGAGGACGCGGCCAUCGUGGACAAGGUCCUGUCCAUGCGGGUGGUCAAGAAGGAGCUGCCGUCGGGACAGUUGGUGGAGUCAGAGGAGUUCUUCGUCAAGUACAAGAACUACUCGUACCUGCACUGCGAGUGGGCGACGAUCGCGCAGCUGGAGAAGGACAAGAGGAUCCACCAGAAACUCAAACGCUUCAAGACCAAAAUGAACCAAAUGCGGCAUUUCUUCCACGAGGAUGAGGAACCCUUCAACCCCGACUACGUGGAGGUGGAUCGGAUCCUGGACGAGUCGCACAGCGUGGACAAGGACAACGGCGAGGUCGGAGCCCGGGGCGGCCGAUUCUGGGGGAAAAACCCCAAAAUCGGGGAUUUUCAGGGGUUUGGGGUGGUGGAACCACGAAAAUGGGGGAUUUCUGUGAAUUUGCUGGGGGCAGAACCCCAAAAAUUGGGGAUUUUGGUGGUUUUUGGGGUGGUGGAGCGCCAAAAAUUGUGA